AUGGCCCAAGUAAUCCAAAAUUCCGGUCACGAUGACAUGAUUCACGAUGCAGUCCUGGACUACUACGGCAGGAGACUAGCCACUUGCUCUUCGGACAAGACCAUCAAGAUAUUCGAGGUUGAAGGCGACAACCACAAGCUCACAGACACGCUGAAGGGGCACGAGGGCGCAGUCUGGUGUGUCUCCUGGGCACACCCCAAGUACGGCAACAUCCUCGCCUCCGCCAGCUACGACGGCAAGGUCUUCAUCUGGCGCGAGCAGAAUGGGCAGUGGCAGCGCGUGCACGUGUCGGAGCUGCACUCGGCCAGCGUCAACCUCGUGUCCUGGGCGCCGCACGACGCCGGCUGCGUGCUCGCGUGCGCCAGCAGCGACGGUAACGUGUCCGUCCUCGAGUUCCGCGACGGCGCGUGGGCGCACCAGAUCCUGCCCGCCCACGGCCUGGGCGUCAAUGCCGUCUCGUGGGCCCCCAGCAUCGCCCCCGGCGCCGUCGCCAGCGCCUCCCAAGCCUCCAAUGCACCGCUGCGCCGCUUCGUUACUGGCGGCAGCGACUGCCUGGUGAAGGUGUGGGAAUGGAACACUGAGACGAGCACCUACACUUGCACUAGCCAGCUGUCCGGCCACACCGACUGGGUCCGUGAUGUUGCGUGGUCGCCGACGGUGCUGUCCAAGGCAUACAUCGCCUCCGCGUCGCAAGAUAAGACGGUCAAGAUUUGGACCAGCGCGAACCCCUCGCUUGGUGACUGGCAGCAGACCACCUUGAACUUCGACGCCGUUGCCUGGCGCGCGAGUUGGAGCCUGAGCGGCAACGUUCUGGCCGUCAGCACUGGCGACAACAAGGUCACUCUGUGGAAGGAGAAGCUGACUGGCGGCUGGGAGUGCAUCAAAACGAUCGAGGAGUGA